AGAUGGGCGGGCGGGGCGGCGACGCGAGGGGGAGGGCGAAGCGAGGGGCAUCAGUACCCCACACUUCCUCCCGCCGCAGGAAGGCCUCACACCAGGAGACGCCCGCCGCACGCAGGACACCGCCGCUCCCACAUUCUAGUCAAUAUUUUUAAGUGGAAAUAUGCCUGUGCCGGUGUCAGUGUCCCCAGGCGGGCAAGAAUCUAGUCGUGGUACAGACGGGGCAGCAGGGGGUGAGGAUGGCACGGUCCAGCACCACACCACCGCAACACAGCCACAGCCACAGCAGCAGGGCGAGGCGGCGGCGGCGGAGGCGGCGGACCCUGACGUGGUGGCCGGCUACCAGGACUGCUUGAAGGAGACCCUGAGGUUCCUGGUGGAGGAAGAGCGGUUACCAGGAGACCAUCCGGUUGUAAGAGGGUUGGUCACUCACCUCACCCGCCAGCACGCGCACGUGGAGCUCACCAAGCUUUCCCAGCAGAUGACGGCUGCCCCCGCCCCCGCCUCGCCACUAAACGCCGGCUACCAGGUGACUCUUGUGGAGGAAGAUGAGGACGACGAGGCAUCCGACGAUGAAAUGAGUGAAUACGACGAACUAACAGAAUCGGACGACUUGGACGAGGGAGACGAGGCCGAGAAGGAAGCCCAUGAAGCCCUCCGCCUUCAGUUGCUGCGACUGGUGUACCAAGGAUGUGACUUGUUCGUCGCCCCGCCCCCGCCACCUCAACCGAGCCUGAUGCUGCACCUUUAGCUAGGGGCAGGCACGAGCCACACUGCUGCCACACUGCCACGCGCCUAACAAGCAUCAUCUAUGUCCGAAGGAAACGCGACCUGACAAUCUGAUCAGUUAAACAUGGUCCUGCAGGAGCGUACCCAGAGCUGUAUAAGGGGGGGGGGGAGUUCCUUUCUACUAAUUGUGGACCUAUGUUGCCACUUGAAGAGGGGCGAAUCAGCUGGGGGUUUAGGGUUUUGAGAAAAAUGACAUUUCAGGGUGCAUUUACCUUCUAUUAAAACAAAAAACUGGGAUAUUUCGCCCCAGUUUUUCUUUUUCACUUUCCCAGACAGUGGACAUUUUAGCAGAUGAGGGAGUUGUCCGCCCCCCCUGGGUACGGUCCUGUCCUAAGUGUAGGGUAUCCAAGCCGCGACGGAUGGGGACACAUAUAAUUUUGUAAUGAUACAUGAACUGACAAGAUUGAUAAAUUUCAUAUCACUGUUUGGAAGUUUAAUCAGUUUUCGCCAUUUUCUUAAUUUUUUCUGCGGCUGGUUCCCCCGUCGCCGCCCUUAACCUUACCCCACAGUCGCGCGCGUCAGCUGGCCUUCGCUGCCCUUCACUCGUCUGUCCCUUCAUGAAAUGACAAUGAACCUGAAGCAAGAAAACCAAUACACCAGUCACUCUUUGUCUUCUUGGGUUUCACUUUCAUUUCAGCAAGUUACUUAAAAUUACUUUGUACCGAGGCUUAUAUAUCUAUUUGAGCUGUAAAUAUAUGUACCAGA